AUGGCAUCAGUCCGAGGCAGCUGCCGCAUCGCCCGCGCCGUCGGGGCUGUGCUCCCCCUCAACUGGCUGGGAGACGCGCCGCUGGGGCUGCCUACUAACAGUUCGGCGGACAACGGAUCUGAGAGCACCCGCCUGGCCUGGGGUCCGGGCAGCCUGGACCGCCUCGAGGGAGUGGCAGGGGCCGGAGCGACGCUGGCGCUGCGCGCCCUGAUCGCAGGAGCCUACCUGGCCUUGUGCGCUGUUGGGCUGGUGGGCAACACGCUGGUGCUGGUCCCGGUGCGGGCCCAACAGCGACGCCGCCGCUCCCUGCUCAAUUGCUUCCUCCUCAACUUUGCAGCCACUGACCUGCAGUUCGUCCUGACGCUGCCCUUCUGGGCCGCGGACACGGUGCGCGACUUCAGUUGGCCCUUCGGGGGUGCCAUGUGCAAGGUGGUGCUGACCCUCACCGUGUUCAACAUGUACGCCAGCAGCUUCUUCCUCAGCGCCAUGAGCGUGGUGCGUUACUGCACGGUGGCAAAUGCGCUGCGUCCUCGCCAGCCCGGAACCCCAUGGGCUGUCUGCGUGUGCUGCCUGCUCUGGGCCAUCGCAGUCCUGGCUACCGCGCCCACCGCCCUGUUUGCCACAGCGGCCAGAGUGGGAGAUGAACGCUUGUGCCUGCUGCGCUUCCCCGACGGAGGUCCCAACUGGCUGGCCUUCUACCACCUGCAAAAGAUCGCCGUGGCCUUCGUGCUGCCACUGGCCACUCUGGGCACCUGCUCACUGCUGCUCCUGCGCUUCCUGCGGCGGCGGCGGGCACGCUGGCCAUCGGGGGUCUGGCCCAGACGACGCUCCCAGGUUACCCGGACGCUGGCCUGCGUGCUGUUGACCUUUGAGCUCUGCUGGCUGCCCAACCAAGCACUCACACUCUGGGGAGCGCUGAUCAAGCUGAAUGCCCUGCCCUGGGACCGUGCCUACUUCCUGGCGCAGGCCUACCUCUUCCCAGUGUCCAUCUGCUUGGCGCACUCCAACAGCUGCCUCAACCCGCUGCUCUACUGCCUGCUGCGCAGCGACUUCCGCCAGGGCCUGCAAAAGCUGUGCGGCUGGGCCAAGCCCCCCGCAGACCUCCGACCUGGUCCGGACAGCCGUGCCCCAGCUACUGCGCUCUCCCACCAGGCCUGA